UCCUUCUUACCGCCGUGUCGGUCGUUGGAACUGUGGAGCGCGGCAUAGCUGUCCUCCACGUCCCUAGCUCUCCUAGUUUCUAUCGCUUGUUUAUCGCUUAUCUCUAGUUCUAUAUAGUUGUUAAUUAGUAUUGUUAAGUAGAUAGUUUAGUAAAUAGCUGUUAAGUAGUUCCUUGCCGGGGGCUUAGCCCUUCCCGGCACCGGGCGCCAGGCUCAUGCCUGUUUCGCCAGGCUUCAAGCAGUGUGCGGCCUGCAAGAAGCCCAUGCCUACCAGCGAUCCCCACGAAGCGUGCCUGAAGUGCCUCGGGGAAUCGCACAGAUCUGACAAGUGCCGCAUCUGUAAGGCUUUUAAGCCGAGGACAAAAAAGGAGAGGGAUCAGAGGCUCCGAACUCUCCUAAUGGAGGCGGCACUUGACCCGUCGACUUCGCAGACCGUGGUUUCGGCACCGGCACCGGAUCGCUCCGGCACCGAGAAGACUCCCCGGCACCGACCUUCUCCGGCACCGGAAUCAGAGCCUAGGCCGUCGAAGUCUAAUACUCCGGCCAGGCAGACCCGGCUUGAGCGCCCGGCCUCAACAUCGGCCGCGGCACCGCCGGCACCGUCAGCACCGUUGACUCCGGGCCCGGCGGGUCCGUUGAGUCCGGUGCCGCCGAGCUCCCCCAUGAGAUCUGGGGUUGAGAUAGUGGUCCCAUCCACUCCGGAGACCUUCGCCUCGGCUCGGGACCUUAUUGCCCUGACUGAGCCCACUCGGCUGCCACCCCCGGUACCUCCGGUGCGGGUUGUGUCCAGAGGCAAGCCCAUGCUGUCGGCGCCGCCCAGAGACAGUCGUUCGCCAUCCAGGUCCCGACGUCUUGGGCGCUCCAGAUCCCGACGCCGCUCGCAGUCCCGGCACCGCUCCCCUCAGCGAUACCGGUCGCACUCGCGGCAACGGUCGGCAUCGAGACGGUCGCGGUCAGGCUCCAGUCGGCGUCACCGGCACCGCGACUCCAGGAGCAGGUCCCGACGCUACUCGCCACACCGGUCGACCUCCCGGCACCGAGCUGGUGGCAGGUCCCGGUCCCGGUCCCGGUCUCGCUCGACCUCCCGGCACCGAGCUGGUGGCAGGUCCCGGUCCCGGUCGAUCUCCCGGCACCGAGCUGGUAGUAGGUCCCGGCACCGAAGCGGCGCCCGGCACCGUGACAGAUCCCGGUCCCGGUCCCGAUCCCGGCACCGAUAUGACUCCCGGCACCGGUCCCCGGCACCGAGACGAUCCUCCGUGCCGGCACGCGCAGACCCGUACCAUCCAGGGUCGGCCCCGCCGUGGCCCUCGAGGCAGCCGUCCGUAUCCUCCCAGACGGACAGCGGCUAUGCGCUGGGCACCGACCGGCAGGCGGCGCUGUUUGCUGAUCCGCCGCUGCAGGACCAAGGCCCACAACAGUGGGGAUUCUGGACACCCUGGGCGUACCAUCAGGCCCAGGGCCCCCAGCAGCUCCCUGCUAGGCCGGCGACUGCGGAGCGUAGGGCCCCUGAAGCCUCUUUGUCUCGCCCCCCUCCCUCCCCGGAAGGGGACGAAGGGUCCAAACAGCAGGACUCCGCUGUGGCUCCGGAGACAGAGGCGAGGGCUGAGGAAGACCCUCAGUUGGACACUAUUGUGCCUGGGGUCUCAUCAUCCUCCUCCCCGGAUGAGGCGGUGGCGGGUACCUCCUCCAACAGUCCCCCCCCGCUGGAUCUCAGGGCGCACCAGGACCUCCUCAGGCGAUUGGCUCAAAACCUGAGUCUGCAAGCAGAGGAGGUCUCGGAGAUAGAGGACCCAAUUGUCACCAUCCUCUCUUCCGAUGCUCCCACCAGGGUCGCCCUGCCGUUCAUACGGACCAUCCAGGCCAAUGCCAAUACUAUCUGGCAGUCCCCGGCCUCCAUCCCUCCGACAGCGAAAGGAGUCGAGAGGAAGUACAUGGCCCCUUCUAAGGGGUACGAAUAUUUACAUGUUCACCCGACUCCCGGUUCACUGGUAGUGCAAUCGGUGAACGAUAGGGAGCGUCACGGCCAGGAGGCUCCGGCCCCCAAAUCCAGAGAAGCCAGGCGGAUGGACAUCCUUGGCCGUAAGGUGUAUUCGGCUGGGGCGCUGCAGCUCAGGGUCUCUAACCAGCAGGCCCUGCUGAGCAGAUACGCCUUUAACUCCUGGGUGGCAGUGGACAAAUUUAAGGAGCUGCUGCCACAGGAUGCUCGCCAAGAGUUUACGGCCAUCCUGGACGAAGGCAAGAAGGUCGCGCGCACGGCCUUACAAGCCUCCUUGGACGCUGCGGACUCGGCUGCCCGUACCCUCGCGUCAGGAGUUACGAUGCGUCGCAUCUCCUGGCUGCAGGUUUCCGGCCUUCCGCCAGAGCUCCAGCACACGAUACAGGACCUUCCUUUCGAAGGCCAGGGCCUGUUUUCCGAUAAGACAGACCCCAGACUUAAGAGUUUAAAGGACAACCGGGUCAUUGCGCGGUCCCUCGGGAUGCACACCCCCGUGACACAGCGUAGACCCUUUAGGCCGCAACAACAGCAGCACCGUCGGCCGUUUUCCCAGUUCCGCCAGCGGCAGGACCUUUACAGGCGCCGCGGCAGGAACGGGAGGCGCAGGCAGUCGGGGAACCAAGGGGGGCAGAACCAAGGCUCCUCAAAACCCCCGCCUGGUCCUAAGCCUUCAUUUUGA